GCCGCAGAGAGAGGAAGGAAGGAAGGAAGGAAGGAGGAAGCAGGAGCGCCCCCGCAUGGCGGCCCCGUGGCUGGUGGCCCUUCUGCUGGCCUUGCUGGCCCUCCUGGGGGGGUUCUGCCUGGGCAGAUGGGUCCUCUACAUCCUGGUGACCAACUGGUGCCGGCGCCGCCUGCAGGCUGAGCUGAAGGUCCGCUCCUUUGGGUUCUUCUGGGUCCAGAACCUCAGCCUGAAGUUCCAGGAGGAGCAGCAGACCGUGGAGAUCGACCGCAUCUGGGUCUCCAGCAAACUCUUCAGCACCGAUGUGCCGCGCUACCUGGCCCUGUGUUUUGGGGAAGUGCGCGUCCGAGUGGACCUCCGUUCAAGCCCCCGGUUGCGUCCCCCAGAAUCGGAAGCCACUGACCCAACGGACGGCGACAUGGAGACGGGGCGGGCGCUCUCCUUUGGGGCCCCGCUCCUGCGGUUGCUCAGCCAGCUUUGCUCCGUCCACGUGGACUCGGUCAACGUCAUGGUCCUCCAUGUCGCGGCCUCCGAGUCCCUAUGGCACGUCCAAGUGGCCCGGGCCCGUCUCCUCUUAGACUGGGACGGAAGGAGCACGGCCUGCGAAGUGGGCUUCAGCCAGGUGAACAGCAAGGUGCUCAAGAGCAGCCGGCAGGAGGAGGCCUGCCUGGCUGAGCUGUCGUUGGCGCUCACCGUCUCGUUGGAGGUGAACCCAGGCAAGCGGCAGCUGCAGAGCGUGGGCCUUCAAGUCUGGGGUCUCCACGCCGAGCUCCACGAGGGGCUCUUCCACAGCGAGCUCCUGCGGCGCCUCGGGGACGGAGACGCUGCCACAGACCCCGUGAUCCCCGUCGAGCCGCGCCGGCCGCUGCUGACCCUCGCCAGCCUGAAAUACGUUCCUUCGCGGGUCAAGAUGGCGCUGGAGAACACCAGCCUGGUUCUGUCCAUGAACAGCCAGAAGAGGCAUCUCAACUGGACCCUGAAGCUCCUCCAGUUUGGGUACCAAUCUGACAUGGAACAGAUCCCUCUGCGCAGCUUCACCCCCACCUGCGACCUGCCCCAGAUGAGCGUCGAACUCAUCCUGGAAGACGGUCUGCUCCUCUCCCAAAGCCGCCAACGGAUCGUGUGCCUCAACCUGCUCAAGGCCAGCCUCCAGGUCAUGGCCAUCGACGUCUCCGUGGCGGUGAUGCUCAACACCUGCAUCGUCCACUACCGACACCAGGAGUUUGCCCACUGGCUGAGCGUCCUGGCCGCAGCGAGACGGGCGGCCGAACACCCGCCGUCCACCACUGUUGCCACCAAAGACAGGGACAGCAGGAUGCCCCAAAUCUUGGCGACCAUCAUCCUCAGUGCCUCAGUUUCCAACGUCAGCGUCUCGGUGCAGCUGGGCAACACGCCACCCUUUGCCCUGGGCUUCAACUCCGUAACGCUCGAUUACCAGCACCUCCGUCCCCAGAGCGUCCACCAGCGGGCCGUGCUGGCCGUGGAUCACCUCUGCUGGCGGGUGGGAGCCGACUCGCACAUCCAGCGGGCCCCGCACCCGCCCAACACCCACGUCUGGGGGGAGGCCCUCAUCCUGGACAGCUUCAACCUGCAAGGCAGUUACAACCAGCCGCUGGGCACCUCCAGUGCCCACGCCGACACCCUCUUCCUGGACUGCGCCCUCCGCGGCGUGCAGGUGGAGUCCUCGGACACGUGCGCAGAGUGCCUUUCGCGGGUCUUGCUGCUCUUACGUCCAGCGGAGGGUCCGGAGAGUCCGAACGAGGACGAGGGUGAGGCUGAGGAGGUCCCCGUUUCCCCGGUGGGUGACGAUCUCGCCGUCCUUUGGAAGGUGGACCUGAAGGUGGAGGACGUCAACCUCUUCACCUUGUCCAGCCUUGCAGGGGCGAUGGAGGUGCGGGUGGACACCCUGACCAUGCUGGGCAGCGCGGAGAGUUCCACCGUCAGCGUCCAGGGCCUGGCCUUGGCCCUGGUGCCCAGCGUCACGGAGAAGAUGCAGCCCUGCUGCAAGGCCCCCGCCAUCCCGGCCCCCGCGGCUGAACUCUCCACCUUGUCGCUCACCUACCGCAGCAGCAUCCGCUCCUUGGAGGUGCAGUGCGGAGAAAGCCUGAGUGUCCUCUGGACUCCCACCACUCAUAUGUACCUCUUCCAGCACCUUUUGGCCACUAAACAGUGCUACGAAUCCCUGGUCAGCAUUGCAUCCCUGCGGCCGCCGCUCCCCUCCCCGCCUCCCGAGGGACCCGAAGGUUCACCCCUCCCUGACGAGGCUGCGCCCCCUCCUCGGAGACUGCUUGGCCUGACCCUCGAACUGGGUGCCCUCAAGGCCACAGCGUUCGUCUCAGAGAGCAACUACUUGAGCUUGGCGGCCGAGCGAGUGGUGAUCAGCCGUCAUGGACCCUCCCUCCAUGCCUACUGCCCGGGUUUGGCGGCUGGUUUCGACGGUAACAGCAUCUUCGUCUUCAAGGAGAUGGAAUUCCAAGCUGUGCCUGAACUGGAGGAAAUGAUCCUCCAUCGAGGUCCCUUCCCCUUGCUGGGAACUUUGCGUAACCGCGUCUGGGCCCUCUCUUGCGCCAGCGUCACGGUUGAGUUCCCCUAUCAGUACGACUUUUCGGCCACUUUGGAUGAGGCCUUGGGUGUACAGAAGUGGUUGAAAGGUCUCCAUGGCGGUGGCAGCAUCAGUGUCAGCGUGGACCCUGCUCUGCCCGCUCCGCUCCCACCAGACCUCCUCCUCAAAGUCCAGCACUUCUCUUGGGUUUUCCUAGACGAUGUCUUUGAGGUCAAGCUGCGGGACAACUAUGAGCUAAUGAAGGACGAGAGCAAGGAGAGCACCAAGCGGCUGCAGCUCCUGGAUGCCAAGGUGGCCGCCCUCCGGAAGCAGCACGGCGAGCUCCUCCCGGCCCGCAAGAUCGAGGAGCUCUAUGCCUCCCUCGAGAAGAAGAACAUCGAGAUCUACAUCCAGCGCUCACACCGCCUCUAUAGCAACACCCCGAUGCGCAAGGCCCUCCUCACCUGGACCAUGGCUGGACUCGAGCUCACCGCCCUGGCCAGCGAGAACUUUCACGGCCCCGAAAAGGUCCUGGAGCAGAUCCGGGAGCUGGAUGCCGCCAGUCCCUUCCCGUCCGAGGGGCUGGACCUCAUCACUCACUGGUGCCGCAUGGUCAAGGGCAGUGUCCAGACCUUCUUUGUACGGAUCCGGGACUAUCCCCGGUACCUGUUUGAAAUCCGGGACUGGCGUCUUUCAGGGCGCCUCGCUGGGGCCGAACAGCGAGGCCAACCUUGUUCCCGCCGGCGGCAAAUCCUGAAACUCGGGGCACCUUGGGGUGAUGUAUCGGUGGAGAGGAACAUGCCGCCGUUAAAGUUCUACCAUGACUUCCACUCUGAUGUCUACCAGUACACCAUUGUGUGGGGUCCCUGCUGGGACCCAGCCUGGACUCUGGUGGGCCAGGCCAUCGACCUGCUGACCAAGCCCUCCGAGGACCCCAGCCCGCCCCUGCCCUGGUGGGACAAGAGCCGAUUGCUCCUCCACGGCGACUGGCACAUGGACAUUGAGCAGGCCAGCCUGCACCAAGUGGCCACAGAGGACCCCUACAACACCACGGAGAACAUGCACUGGGAGUGGAGCCACCUCUCCUUCCAUUGGAAGCCUGGGCAGUUUGUCUUCAAGGGGGAUCUGGAUGUCAACGUCCGGACGGCGUCCAAGUACGACGACUGCUGCUUUCUCCACCUGCCCCAGCUCUGCAUGACACUGGACCUCACCUGGCUCUGCCACGGCAACCCCAGUGACCACCACAGCGUGGUCCUCCGCUCACCGGACUUCCUCCCCGAGGUCCCCGUCGGCCAGCAGUACGACUCCUACCGGGCCUUCCGCUCGGAGAACCUCAACCUGGCCAUCCGCAUGGACCUGACGCGGCCCACCGGGGAUCCCUCACAGCCCCGCAUCCUCCUCUACAGCAGCACCUUGCGCUGGAUGCAGAACUUCUGGGCCACCUGGACCAGCGUCACGAGGCCCAUCUGCCGCGGCAAGCUCUUCAGCAACCUCAAGCCGGUCAAGAAGAAGCUGGGGCAGCAUUACCGGCAGCUCUCCUUCACCGCCCUCUUCCCCAAACUCCAGGUCCACUAUUGGGCCUCGUUUGCUCAGCAGCGCGGCAUCCAGCUGGAGUGCGGCCAGGGGCACAUCUUCACCCGCGGCACACAGCGGCUCAUACCCCAAGCCGGGACGGUCAUGCGGCGCCUGAUCUCAGAGUGGAGCAUCACCCAGAUGGUGAGCGACCUGGGCCUGGUGACCGUCCACCUCAUGGCCUCCACCUGCGAUGAGAACGCUGACCACCGCUUGGACUCCCUGGUCAAGAAGACGCACCUGCUCAGCCUGUCCUCGCUCACUUACCAAAGACACAGCCUCCGCACGGCCGAGGAGGAGCUCUCCAUCCGUGAGGGGGAAGACGGCUACCACACGCACCAACUCCAGUUGGUGGACCUGCGGGCCUCCUGGACUACCACCAACCGGGACAUCGCCUUCGGCCUCUAUGACAGUUACAAGAAGGCGGCCGUCCUCAAGCGCAACCUCUCCACCGAGGCCCUGAAGGGGCUGAAGAUUGACCCGCAAGGGCCAGCCAAGAAGGUCAAGAGGGGUGGCUCUGGUGCCCAAUUGCCGACGCCGCUGAGGGUCAUCCUGCCCGCAGACAACAGCCAGACCGAGCGGAGACCUUCCGGAGGAGCCCACAUGCUGCAGAAGCUCAUAGAGGAGACCGACAAGUUUGUGGUCUUCACGGAAGAGGAGUCCGGCGUCAGCGAACAGCUCUGCGGGAUUGCCGCCUGCCAGACGGAUGACAUUUUCAACCGGAACUGCCUUAUCGAACUGGUCAACUGCCAGAUGGUGCUCCGUGGGGCAGAGACGGAGGGCUGCGUGAUUGUCUCGGCGGCCAAGGCCCAGCUACUCCAGUGCCAGCACCACCCGGCCUGGUACGGGGACACGCUCAAGCAGAAGACCUCCUGGACCUGCCUCCUGGACGGCAUGCAGUAUUUCGCCACCACCGAGAGCGGGCCUUCUGAGCACGAGGACAUCCAGCUCUGGCUAGAGGUGAAGAAUAUUGAGGAGCACCGGCAGCGGAGCCUGGACUCAGUGCAAGAGCUGAUGGAGAGCGGUCAAGCGGUGGGCGGGAUGGUCAGCACCACCACAGACUGGAACCAGCCCCACGAGGUCCAGCCCACGCAGCAGGUCCAGCGCAUCAUCUCCCGCUGCAACUGCCGCAUGUACUACAUCAGCUACAGCCACGACAUCAACCCAGAGCUGGCCUCGCAGAUCAAGCCGCCCGAGGUGCCCCUCCACCCGGAGAAGGACGACCUCCUCAAGAAACGGGAAGGGGCCGUGGACACUUUCACUCUCAUCCACCAUGACCUGGAGAUCUCCACCAAUCCGGCGCAGUACGCCAUGAUCCUGGACAUCGUCAACAACCUCCUCCUCCACGUCGAGCCCAAGCGCAAGGAGCACAGCGAGAAGAAGCAGCGCGUCCGCUUCCAGUUGGAGAUCUCCAGCAACCCCGAGGAGCAGCGCAGCAGCAUCCUCCACCUCCAGGAGGCCGUCCGGCAACACGUGGCCCAGAUCCGGCUCCUGGAGAAGCAGAUGUACUCCGUCCUGAAGUCCCUGCAGGACGACGGCCGGAACGAAGCCUUGCUUGACCACAACCAGAGGCUGCAGCAACAGCUGAGCCGGGAGAAGUCCGAACUGCAGCAGGAAAGCGAGGAAUUGAACAUCCUUAUCAGGUGCUUCAAGGACUUCCAGUUGCAGCGGGCCAACAAGAUGGAGCUGCGAAAACAACCCGAGGACGUCGGCGUGGUGCGCCGGACCGAGUUCUACUUCGCCCAGGCCCGGUGGCGGCUGACCGAGGAGGACGGCCAGCUAGGCAUCGCCGAACUGGAGCUGCAGCGCUUCCUCUAUAGCAAGGUGAACAAAUCGGAUGAUACGGCCGAGCAUCUUCUCGAAUUGGGUUGGGUCACCAUGAACAAUCUCCUCCCCAAUGCCGUCUAUAAGGUAGUCCUCCGGCCACAGAGCGCCUGCCAAUCCGGCCGCCAACUGGCCUUGCGGAUCUUCAGCAAAGUCCGGCCACCGGUGGGCGGCAUCUCCAUCAAAGAACACUUCGAGGUCAACGUGGUGCCCCUCACCAUCCAGCUGACCCACCAGUUCUUCCACCGCAUGAUGGGCUUCUUCUUCCCCGGCCGUAAUGUGGAGGAGGAGGAAGUCGGGGACGAAGAGGACAAGUCCAAGCUAGUGACCACAGGGAUGCCAGUGGUCAAGCCGCGGCAACUGAUGGUCUCCGAUGAUUCACUGGGUCCAGGGAAAGGCAUGUCCCAAGGCCUGAACCGGACGUCGGGUGUCCGGCGGUCACUACGGAAGCCCCCCGAAUACCCAGUGGACGACAUUGACAAGAUGAAGGAGCGGGCCGCCAUGAACAACUCCUUCAUCUACAUCAAGAUCCCGCAAGUGCCGCUCUGCGUCAGCUACAAGGGAGAGAAGAACAGCGUCGACUGGGGAGACCUCAACCUGGUGCUUCCGUGCCUCGAAUACCACAACAACACAUGGACCUGGCUGGACUUCGCCAUGGCGGUCAAGCGAGACAGCCGCAAGGCCUUGGUGGCCCAGGUCAUCAAAGAGAAGCUGCGGCUCAAGCCGGCGUCCGGCACUGACCUGCGGGGCAAACCGGACACCAAACUCGAGGGCCACGUCCAGCAGCAGGAGGAAGACGAGAAGGCCCGGCUCCUGAUCGGCCUGAGCGUCGGCGACAAGAACCCCGGAAAGAAGUCCAUUUUCGGCCGGCGCAAAUGAACGAUGGGGGGGGGGGGGG